UCUGGAGGAUUAUCAUAGUCAUUUGGCCCUCACUGUUUAGAAGAUGUUUACAGCCCUGAUUUUAUCAGACCCAUAUGAGCAUUUUUCUCUUGUGACUCAUGACCAGACUGCCAAACACCACCAGAUUUAAGGGAGUAUUCAUCAUGGGAAUGACUGAUAUAUUGGGACUGAGGCUGCUUAUCUUUGGACUUGUUUUCAUUGUGGAUUCUUCAGUUUCGGCGCCAGAUGAAUGCCAGCAGGAGACGGCCAGGCUGCGCUCCCAGCUGAGGGCGCUGGAGAGCCGUGCGCUGAGGCAGCAGGAGCUCAUCGAGCAGCUCCGCAGCCGCCAGGCAGAGGCGUCCCUCAGCGUGGACCGCCUGGUCGACCUGGGCGAGCUGAAGGACUACGCAGACUGUGCUCAGAUCUACAACGAUGGGAACAAAGCAAGCGGGUUUUACAUGAUCAAACCACUGCAUUCCCCCUCGAAGAUUAAAGUGUACUGUGACAUGAGCGAUGGAGGGGGCUGGACCGUCUUUCAAAGGCGAUCUGACGGGGGCGAGCGCUUUGAUCGGGAUUGGGCUGAUUAUAAGAAAGGCUUCGGAAACAUGCAGUCUAACAGUGGAGAAUUCUGGUUAGGAAACGAUAACUUGCAUUAUUUAACUUCACAAGGUGAUUACGAGCUCAGAGUCAACAUGGCAGACUUUGAUGAUAAUCAACGCUAUGCAGUGUACAGAAGUUUCAAAGUUGCCAGUGAAGAGGACAGUUACCAGCUGGCGUUCGGUAAGUACUCUGGGUCUGCGGGAGACUCGCUAGCCGGCGGCUACCAUCCGGAGGUGCAGUGGUGGGCCAGUCACCAGGGCAUGAAGUUCAGCACGCACGAUCGCGACAACGACCGCUACGAACGCAACUGCGCCCGCGAGGACAAAGCCGGCUGGUGGUUUAACAGAUGUCACUCUGCCAAUCUGAAUGGCUACUACUACAAGGGCCCGUACAGCUCAGUGACUGACAACGGGAUUGUCUGGUACACAUGGCAUGGAUGGUGGUACUCCUUGAAAUCUGUGGUGAUGAAAAUCAGGCCUGAGAAUUUUGAGCCGAAUGAGGUGUAAACAUGCUCUGAAUGCACUUCCACCAUAAUAUCAGCGUGAGAUCUUUGUUUUCAAAAUAAAAGUAUUGAUUAUGCAUAACACAGUGUUUUUUCUUAGGUUUACGUCCCCUGAGUUUCUAUUCACAUGCUUGACCAGGUGGUGGUCUAACUCCAGAAGUCACAAAAUUUAAUCAGAAUUCAUAUUACAUAUAGAAAAUGCAUUUCAGGUGUCUUGAUGUCAACAACAAAAUGUCAAGAUACAUGGUUUCUGAGUGAAAAUACUGCACUUGCAAGAAAGUUGAUUUGGCCCCAAAAUGCAGAGACUAGUUCUGUGCAAUGACUUCUCUCAUAGGGGACAGUCUGUAUGUAUAGACCAAAGCCAAAACUGUCUGUCAUUGACUACUGCCUGUUCUAACAUUGUUUGAUUGAAACCCUUGGUAACUCUAGAUCAAUAUAAAAUAUUCAAUGUGUAAUGAUGUAGUGUUAUUGGAAAUAUUAUUCUGCUCUCCGAUUGACAGAAUCAUGACAUUGCUAAGAUCCUGUUCGUUUGUUUGUGUGUGAAAAAGGACAGUUAUCCAGAUUGAGUCAUUCAUAUGUUCACCUGCCUUAACAAACCAGAUAAGCACUUGCAAGCACAGGUUCAGGCACACACUGUCAACUGCACAUUAAUUAUGAGAAUACAUGUUUUAGUGCUUGCAAUGAUAUAAAAGACACCUGUAUACUACUGUGUAAAAUUAGAAACUGAUUAAGACACUUUGUGUUUAUCCAGUAACUGUUGCAGAGGUCAAAUUAAUAUGACAAAGCAUCGCAAUGGCUGAAGCACUAUGAAUUCAUUUUAUAUGUUCUUUAAACCUUUUCUUAAAAUAGUGGCAACAGAAAGACACAAGCAUCAGAGUUGUUAUUUUUCCAGCAUGAUAUCCUGAAUCAACGAACCAGAUAUCCUGAUCCUGAUGUCAUAUUUCCUUUUUCCUGAUCUGGCAAAAUGCACUUGAAACAGGUUUCAGGGGUGUGGCUAUUUCAAUUCCACUUUCUGAGUAAGCAUUCAAAUAAAAUUCAAAUGUUUACAAUAA